UGUCACACAUGUUGGUCAGAGUGAAGUGGAGGUUGGUUGUUUGAUGGAUUGCAAAAGCUCAGACAAGUGGAAUUCAUAAUUCAGCACGAUGUGGGCCUGACCCGUUUCAUCCUUAAAGUGACAGAUUUACGAUCCAUUUCAGAGAGGGACCCUUCAGUGAUGCUCCAGGCUUAAGGACAGCAAUGCAAUGGAACAAUGACGGACACGCUCCUGGGAACUUGAGAAAUGAGCUGAUCUGAUGUGCGCGAGAGUGCAUAAGUUUCCGGACUCCAUUUCGACCAUUGAGAGAACAUCGUGAAUUUGUGGGCUGAGAAUGAAUGGUUUGAAAGCAAUGGGGUUCCAAAGGUGAAGCCAGGAAGUGCCAAAGACACUGAACGGAGGAAGAGAACGAGAGAGAAGGGCAUUUAUCUCAAUUUCCCAGGGUGCAGAAUUGAGCCUCCAAUCUCGUUCCAACAGAGCCACGACCUCCCAACUCCCAAGAAAUCACAAUGAGCCCACCCAAUCAGGUCUCAGCGGACGUCAAGCCUGCCAAAGAUAAUCCCAUGACCGUAGGUACCAAGGUGGGAAGCAAAUCUGCUUCUUCACCCGUGACCAGUCAAUCCUCAGACCAUUCCAGAAAACUACGUGGAUAUCUGGAGGUCAAACAUAAUCCUCAGAGUCUGAGAAAGACCCGCAAUCGAUUGCUGAAAAAGCGAUGGCAUCGACAAUGGGUGGUUCUGGAUUUCGUGGACACUCUCAUGUCGGAUUCUCCGGCUCUGAUUGCCCGCGUUUACGGCAGUCAUCUCCACGAAGAUCGAUCCUUGCCCAUCACCACGGUCACCCUGACGGAUGUGCAUGCCCUCCAUCGGGCUCAAUCCAGAUCUCAUCCAUUUGCCUUUUCAAUUGACGGGAGCACUCAAUGUCUUGUUCUUUCGGGAAACUCCGAGACGGAAACUCAACAAUGGAUGAAACACAUACGAGACCUACUUUGGCCAAGGUCAUCCCCAUCCUCGCUUUGGACCAAACCCGAUUCGAUAUUUGACGUAAGCCUAAUCGACAACGUUCACUCUGAUAUUGCCCGAUUGCGUGGUUUCUACGGUCAAUUGGUGAUCGAAAGUAGGGAAGUUUUACUCGUGGAAGCCAGAUCAGGGGCAGAUCAGAUCAGAUGGCCAACCAAGGCCCUCAAGAAGUGGUUCUUGGCCAAAGAUACCAUAAAUAAGAAGGAAGACAAAGACAGGAUUGUGGUGCUCAUCACACACAAGAAUUGUUCGAGUGCAGAGGGUAUUUUCACGUUCUACUCGAAUCGAGCCAAGGACAUCAUCAACUCCCUACAUGCUGUGACAAGAAAUCAAUCCGUGGUCCAGCCUUCCGCUUUCCAAAGUGGAACACCCAAUAGCAAUUCCUCAAGUCUCGGAAGAGGUCGAACUUCAGGCAAAAAGGCGUCAUCAUCAAAUAAAAUGAAUCCUCUUUUGGCCUUUCUUCGUCGGAACCAAUCUCCUAGUGGGGGUGAAACAGCUCCUGGCAAUCAACAGGGAUCAAAGGCCAAAAAGUCUAUCUUGGCAAAAAGUGUCAGUGUUAUGGACCAUCUCUCGUUGAGCGGAAAGCGAGGGCAAUUAGACGAGUGUGUUGACCUCGGGGGCUUCGAGGAUCCACGACGAGGAGAGUCAUUGGAACGCACGAUUGGCGGAGGCUGCGUUGGCUCUGGGGGCCUCGUCAACUCUUCUACUUCCAAUUCCAUUCACGGCGAUAAGAAACGCAGUGCCAGCGAGUCGGAUUUGCUUAAUGUGAACAAUAAACAAGGGUGUGUGCCAGGGAACGAAACAGGAGGGGACAAGUGCCAGAACGAGUGCGAAGAGGGUUUUUACCGAAGUUUUGAUGACAUCGAUGACAUCGACGACUUGGAUGUGCUUGCCAACAGUAACCCAUUAGAGGCGGCCGUGGUGCUGAGAUCCCAACUUGAAAACGAAUAUGCUCUGGGUGAGGCCAGAUGCUCCUUUAAUUCGUCCGAUAGUGGCAGAAUGUCAGACACGUAUGCAGAGACCUCUAAUUCGUCAGUCACGUCUUCGUCGAACGGAAGCCACUCGAACCGUCUGUAUUCAAACACGAGCAAUUGCUCUGGGGAUUCGGGUGCCCAGCUCUCAAUACAUAGUGAUUACUCCACUUCUGGAAAUAGCUCGAGUAACAAUAACAAUCAUAAUGGCUUCAAGGAAAAUGCUCUGGGAGUCCUCAAAGAGCAAGAAAGUCCCAACUACCCUCCUUUUGACAACGAGCUCUAUGGUAAGUCCAUAUCCAUUGCCACAAAAACCGGAAACAACCAUCAUCAUUUGUUGUCCGGAGCCUCAUGUUCCACUUUGGAGAAACAGACUCCCUCCGUCGGGGGUGGAGGAUCUGGAGCUAGAACCGAGUACGAGGACCCCACCUACUCUCACAUCUAUGAGGAUAAUCAUCAUCAUCAUGGCUUGUUGUCUGCCCAAAUGGGCCCCCCACCGCUCCCACCUCGUUUUGCAACGGUCCGCAAAUCUUUUACUCUGCCUCAUAACAUGAGCGGUCAUACGGCCACCGCCAAAGUUGGCGAAGGCACGGCGGAAGGCCAAGAAAACAAUGCCAAGAGUAAAGACUUGUCCAAGUACUUUGGUUUACAUGAUCAAGGACCCGGGAGUCCAAGCAAGGAGACCGCUCAAAUGGUGGCGUUGCAGAACUUGCCCCUUUCACUUAGUCGGCUGGACGAACAGAAGAAGAGGAACCUCGAGAAGUUCUUUGGAAUUCAAAACACGUUACAGAAUUUGGAACAACAUCGUCGUGGUCAGCAUGAGGGAACCAUUGUGGUCAGCAAUAAUGGUGCAGAGCUGGGGGUGUCGGGAAGCAAGUUGCCAUCAUUUCUCACAUUGCCGAAAACAACACUAUACCAAAAUGGCCAGCACCAAGACGUUUCAUCCCCAACUUUAAGCAACACCAAUGGAAUGUCCACCAACCCACGCUCAAGACCAAAUUCAUUGGGCUUUCGAAUGGAUCAUUCGUCUUUGGACCCGGCCCUAGACAAUAAUAACGUCACUCCUCCCCCAGUCCGGUUUCGAGCUAACAACUUUAGAGCCUUUAAUAAAACCCUCUCUAGGUUGACUGCUCUUGAACCCGGUGAGAAUUCGCGAUCACUUCCAACCACGCCUGAUUACCCACCUGAACUGGACUCGCCCCGGCGAAAGAACUUGGCAAAGUUCCUGGGUCUAGGAAACUUCACCCCGAGCUCACCUACCACUCCCGCUCCAAUGGGUUUGCCUUUGGGCAGUCCGGCUCGCGUGUGCACUCAAGGACAUCAGGGUCUUCCCCCUCCCCCAACGAAUGGAAUUCUCAAAAAGUCCACUUUAUCCAACUCCACGCCAAUGGACUUGGAGUGCGGUAAUGAUGAACUGACAUGCACGAGUUCUUCUUCGAUGCGAUGGCAAAGUAACGAUGGAUUGGCCACCCCCGGUUCCUUGCAAGGUGGUUGCACCCCCUCUUUCCUCACUCCGAUGGGAUCGCCCCGAAUAUUUGGGCCCCAACACACAACUUUGAAUCCUUGUAAUCAAUCAAUCUGUGAUGUCCCGAGCUGUGGCCCGAAGCAAUCAAAUUCCAUGUUUAGCAUCGCUCUGGCAACAAAUCCGAACUCUUCGUCUUCUUUCUCUUCUUUCCACACGGGUAGCCUUCAACGGGGACCGCUUCAAUACCCUUUGCAGUCAGAUUCCACCAGAGGUGCGAGAUCUUGUAGCCUCCAACGAGGAUCCACCCUCCAAGCCACGCAGCCCCCCAAGCUGAAUAGAAAACAAGAAAAAAGUUUGACGAGGAGUGCCACCCUAGAUGACCUAGAGUGGCAGAAGACUCAGCCGGUUGUUUGGGUGAACAACAGUGGCGGCUGCUCUUUUCGCCGGGGGCGGGAUAUUCAAAUGAGACGGCACAGCUUCCAGCAGCAGUCUCAGACCCACUCAACCUCCAUUCAUAACUCAAGUGUCAUCUUGACAAGACGAAGUCAAAGUUCAGCGGGUGACAACAAGCACGGCCCUGCGGGGUUUCACAGAGCCCAUGCUCCUCCCGGUGCGACAAAUCUCGAUCUGGUAGUUCGACCCUCAUCCAGUUUGUGUCAUCACCAGACGCCCUCUUCAUUAGAGAACCUUAAUUCAUGUCCCGAACGUGGUUCGUCACCGAAAGUUCCCAAAGGCAUCCUGAAACGUGAACCCGUGUACUUGACAAUGGGUGGGAGUCGGCUGAUGAAUGCUGCGCCCGUUUUACACUUACAACAAACUGGUAGUAACAAAGAGCCAGAUUAUCUGGAUAUGAACCGCGGAUCGAGUCGGAUGGCAUCCAUGCCUCGUCAACGCCAAAACUCUGUGUCUUUUGAUCAGAGUCUCUCACUAUCCGGAGUAGAAGCUCAAGGAGGAGGAUUACCUUCUGGGAGCUUCCAACACACCAUUCAAGCUAUUGUCCACACAUCAGAUAGCCCUGGGCAGCAAAAAACUAUUGAGGCUUCGGAUCAAGAUAUUUAUGAUGGAAUCACCGUGGUUGAAUCGCAACAAAUCUCUGAGAAGUAGUCGGGAGUUCAGUCCCUCAUAAUGAUGUGUUCAUGUGUUUCGCCACCCACAAAAAAACUGUCUUCCUUCCAUAACCUCCCCCCCCCUCUCUCCCUCUGUACUUUGCUCGAUUUUUUUAGUCCGUUUCUUUCCAUUUCCAG